CAUAACCAAAAAAAGGUUCUUUUUUAUCUACUAAGAAAAAAAAAAAAAAAAAGAGGAAAAAGGUAAAGCCUUUGGUUCCUCUCUCUCUCUAUAUAUAAGUGUUUACACAAGGAAAAGAAAGAGAGCAUUUCCAAAAGAGCAGCAGUAAACAUAGGCAUGUUUCGAGGGUCAGUACUAUGCGGGCAAGAAGAGAUAGAGCAUCUCUCAAGAGAGAGCAGCCAUUACAGUCUAACUACAGGGAUAAUCCCUUCGCUUGGUGCCAGAAGUAUCCGCAGGGUUAAGCUCAGGAGCUAUAUUAUUUCUCCUCACGAUCGUCGUUACAGGGUAUGGGAGACAUUUUUGGUCCUAUUAGUCAUAUACACUGCUUGGGUUUCACCAUUCGAAUUCGGGUUCCUCGGAAAGCCGGAUACGCCACUCGCUGUUACCGAUAAUGUCGUUAAUGGAUUCUUUGCCUUGGAUAUUAUCCUCACCUUCUUUGUUGCAUACCUUGAUAAAGCUACUUAUCUCCUCAUUGAUGACCCUAAGAAGAUUGCUUGGAAGUAUGGCACUUCUUGGUUAGCUUUCGACGUUAUAUCCACUAUACCAUCGGAACUUGCUCGGAGAAUUUCACCUAAGCCGCUGCGUUCGUAUGGCUUGUUCAACAUGCUUCGCCUUUGGCGCCUUCGUAGAGUUAGUGCCUUGUUCUCAAGAUUGGAGAAAGACAAGAACUUCAACUACUUUUGGGUUCGAUGUGCGAAACUUAUUUGCGUUACCGUUUUUGCUGUUCAUUGUGCUGGAUGUUUUUAUUACCGUAUUGCUGCAAGAUACCGUGAUCCUGGAAGAACAUGGAUUGGUGCAUCUAUGGGAGACAAUUUCCAUGUACAAAGCUUGUCUAUUCGAUAUGUAACAUCCAUGUACUGGUCCAUCACUACACUCACUACUGUUGGCUAUGGUGAUUUACAUCCUGUGAAUACCCCGGAGAUGAUAUUCGACAUUUUCUACAUGUUCUUCAACCUCGGAUUGACAGCAUAUUUGAUUGGAAACAUGACAAACUUAGUUGUCCAUGGAACUAGCAGAACUAGACAAUUUAGGGAUACAAUUCAAGCUGCUUCAAGCUUUGCUCAGAGAAACCAAUUGCCUCCUCGCCUACUAGAUCAGAUGGUUGCACAUUUAAGUCUAAAGUACCGCACUGAUUCUGAAGGGCUGCAGCAGCAAGAGACUUUGGAUUCCCUUCCUAAAGCCAUCCGAUCGAGCAUUUCGCAUUAUCUAUUCUACUCCCUUGUGGAUAAUGUUUACUUGUUUCAUGGGGUUUCUAAUGAUUUGCUGUUUCAGCUGGUCUCAGAAAUGAAAGCUGAAUAUUUUCCUCCAAAAGAAGAUGUCGUUCUACAAAAUGAAGCACCUACAGAUUUCUACAUCCUUGUAACUGGUGCUGUGGACCUAUUGGUUCGAAAAAAUGGAGUUGAACAAGUUGUUGGAGAGGCAUCAGCAGGUGACCUUUGUGGUGAGAUUGGUGUACUUUGCUAUAGACCACAACUCUUCACAGUACGUACGAAAAGAUUAUGCCAACUACUACGGCUAAACCGUACUACAUUCCUUAAUAUCAUUCAGGCUAAUGUUGGAGAUGGGACCAUAAUCAUGAACAAUCUUCUUCAGCAUUUGAAAGACAUGGAUGAUCCAAUUAUGGAAGGUGUUUUAAUAGAGACACAGAACAUGCUAGCUCGUGGCUCAAUGGAUUUGCCUCUCAAUCUUUGCUUUGCAGCAGUCAAAGGAGACGACUCGUUGUUGAAUAAGCUAUUGGAAAAGGGGCACAAUGCUAACGAGUCCGAUGACAAUGGAAGAACACCUCUGCAUAUAGCUGCAUCCAAAGGAAGUGAGAAUUGUGUUCUCAUCUUACUUGAUCAUAAUGCAGAUCCUAACAUUAAAGAUUCAGAAGGAAGUGUACCACUAUGGGAGGCAAUACUAGGUGGCCAUGACAAUAUAGCCAAACUACUAAAAGACAAUGGGGCAAACAUCAAUGUUGGUGAUGUUGGUCAUUUUGCCUGCAUCGCUGCCGAGCAAAACGACUUGGACUUACUCAAAGAAAUCGUUCGUUACGGCGGGAACGUCACGUGUCCUAGACACAACGGUUACACUGCUCUUCACGUCGCCGUAUGUGAAGGAAACGUUGAAAUAGUGAAAUACCUAUUGGAACAAGGCAGCGACAUCGAUAAACGCGAUAUCCAUGGUUGGACACCAAGGGACCUAGCUGCACAACAAGGGCACGAAGACAUCGAGACGAUAUUCAAAUCAUUAACCGAAAAGAAGAAAACUCAACCAAUCAUGACUAUCCCAGAGAAGCAUGAAGUACGUUUCCUCGGAAGGUUUACAAGCGAACCGGUCAUAUCCACGGCAACGUCUGGUGAUGGUUUGGAUGGAUCAUCAAGAGGCAAAUCUCGACGACCGAGGCGUAAGAGCAGUAACUUCAACAACUCUCUGUUUGGUAUAAUGUCACAAAAUGUCGAGAAGGAUUUAUUACUAUCAGUUCAUCAACCAAAAGGUAUGAAGGAUCCUUUAGUUAAAUCAAGUAGAGUGAUAAUUACUUGCCCUGAAAAAGGAGACACCAUUGGGAAGCUUGUUUUAGUACCUGGGAGCAUGGAGGAAUUGGUUGAGAUUGGAGCUAAUAAAUUUGGGAUAUUUGGUGGUAAAGUGAUGAACAAAGGAGGAGGCGAAAUUGAUGAUAUAGAAGUGAUUAGAGAUGGUGAUCAUCUUGUUUUUGUGAGUGAUGGUUACAUGCAACAAGAGAUUAAUGACACCCAAAACCCUCAAUAAUGCAUUGGGGUUUUCUUAGACCAUAGGAUAAUGCAUAUAUAUAUCGAGAGAGAUAAGUGUACUUUUAUGUCAUAAUUUGGUUAAAUUUUACACUUUAUAAGGUCAAAGGUCUUCGGCCUAUAAGUUUUAGGGACCCAAGUCACUAUCAAAAUUCAAGAUGGUUUCCUUUAAUUGUAUGCCAACUUUGAAAAGUGUCCAUAUCUAAUGUAAAUGUUAUUAAAGAGACAAGUAAAUUUUUUUAAUAGUAGGUUGUCAAAA